AUGGGAGUGCGGGUCGGUUUUUUAGGCGCCUCAAAAGCGGCAGUGUGGGGGACAACAUGUGAGCAGCACAGCAGUUGGCGCUCAGUGGGAGGUGCGGGUGGCAGGGAGGGGAAGGGGUUAAAGGUGGUACCUGUAGCUGUUGGCUCGGGGCACAAGGCUUGGUGGUGUGAAGAGACUUUUGAGCCGACUCAAAAGCGCGGCAGUGUGGGGGACAAUAUGUGCUUAGCGCAGCAGCUGAUGCUCAAUGGGAGGUGCGAGUCGCAGGGAGGGGAAGGGACUGAAAGGAGAAAGAAUCAGAGGGAGCAGAGGCAGCAGAGGCAGCAGAGGGAGCAGAGGGAGCAGAAGCAGCAGAGGGAGGAGCAGGGGGAGCAGAGGGAGCAGCUAAUGCUUACUUGCCUCUACCUUCGCGUUUCUGCAGCAGUCUUCAUUGCCACAGCCCCUUUCCGCUGCCACCCCUCCCUCUGCCACCCUUCCCACUGCUGCCCUUACAUUGCUGGCCUUCCCACAGCCACCUCUCUCCUUGCUUUGCCACACAGCAUGCCUGCCUACCUCAUGUCCUCACAUUUUCAUGGGCACUCAUCAUUGCACUAUUCCCCGCACUGGAUACUGCUACUGCCACCGUUCCCAACCACUGCUCACCGCACCAAGGGCUGCCACCGUUCUCAACCACUGCUCACCGCACCAACGGCUGCCACCGUUCUCAAACACUGCUUGCCGCAUGAACUACAACCACUGCGUACCAGACAUCCUGCAGCCACCGCUCCCGGCCACUGUUCACCGCACUCCAUGCCGUUCGACCGCGCUGCCUGCAACCACCCACUUGCCAACGGCUUUCCUCAUUGCAACUUUCUCGCCUCCCUCUACACCCUGCCUCUACCUCUGCCAGUGACGACUUUUGAGGCACCUCAAAACUUGCCGCAACUCUCUCAAGUCCUCGUGGCAACUCUCUCGCCUCACUCUACGAUGCACACUGCCACUGCCUCCACUUAG